CUUCUCAUCCUCCGAUAACAUUCCCUCCUGCCCCCCCUCCCUCUCUCUCUCUCGAGAGAAGAAAAGGAUCGCCACUUCAAUUCGGUGAAUUCACGACCUUCGUCUUCAGCCCGCAAUGUCGAAGCCGCCGUCGUCUUCUUCGACGCCUCCGGCGGGGUCGUCGUCGUCCUCCGCUUCCGUCAAGCCCCAGGACUACGCCCACAGCCCCUUCCACUACGCCGUCGCCCUCGGCGACCACAAGACCCUCUCCCGCCUCCUCUCCUCCCUCCCUCGCCUCUCCGACCCCGGCCACGUCCACUCCGAGUCCGAGUCCCUCGCCCAGGAGCUCCUCGCCGACCGCAUCUCCUCCGCCGUCGACCGCCGCGACGUCCCCUUCCGCGAGACCCCGCUCCACCUCGCCGUCCGCCUCUCCGACGCCUCCGCCGCCCGCUCCCUCGCCUCCGCCGGCGCCGACGCUUCCCUCCAGAAUGCUGCGGGGUGGAACCCGCUCCAGGAGGCGCUCUGCCGGAGGAACGCCGAGAUCGCGUCCGUCCUCCUCGAGCACCACCACCGCUCCGCCUGGUGCAAGUGGCGCAGCCGCCUCCCCCGGGUGAUCGCCGUGCUCCGCCGCAUGCGCGACUUCUACAUGGAGAUCUCUUUCCAUUUCGAGAGCUCCGUCAUCCCGUUCGUCGGGAAGAUCGCGCCCUCCGACACGUACCGGAUCUGGAAGCGCGACGGCAAUCUCCGGGCCGACACCUCCCUCGCAGGCUUCGACGGCCUGAAGAUCCAGCGCGCCGAUCAGAGCUUCCUUUUCCUCGGGGAAGCAGACCAGAGCCACGGCGUCCCCGAGGGCUCGCUCCUGGUCCUCAACCACGACGACCGGAAGAUCUUCAACGCGUUCGAGAAUGCCGGAGCGCCAAUGAGCGACUCGGACAUCGCCGGGUUCUGUUCCCAAACGAGCGUGUACCGUCCGGGCAUGGACGUCACGAAAGCUGAGCUCGUGAGCAGAACUAAUUGGAGAAGACAAGAUAAAACCGAGUCCGUCGGGGAAUGGAAGGCCAGGGUUUACGAAGUCCACAACGUAGUAUUCAGCUUCCGAUCACGGAAGGUCACCUCGUCGGAGAACGACGUCGCAGGCAGCGAGCAGGUAUUGCCACUUGAGCUCGACGAGGACGACGAUGGCUUCCUAGUCGCCGAGAAUCCCCAGUUCACGUUCUCGAACACUAGCAAUAGCAACAGCGAAAGACGGAGGCACAGUAGUUUCGUGAGGGAGGAGAGAGAAUGGGUGCACGUGGGGAGGAAGAGCGUGGACGUGGUGCCCUUCGCUGCGGCGGCUGCUCCACCGCACAGGAGGGCAGCGAUCGCGGUGGCGCCUGCCCCGCAGACGAAGGAGAAAGAGUACGUGAAGAGCCUGAGGCCUUCGGUCUGGCUGACCGAGCAGUUCCCGCUGAAGACGGAGGAGCUGCUGCCCCUGCUCGACAUAUUGGCGAACAAAGUGAAGGCCGUCCGGAGGAUGAGGGAGCUGCUCACGACGAAGUUCCCGCCGGGCACUUUUCCGGUGAAGGUAGCAAUUCCGGUGGUCCCGACGGUGAGGGUGGUGAUUACAUUCACAAAGUUCAUCGACCUCCAACCGACCGAACGGUUCUACACGCCGCUCUCGAGUCCUAGGCAUCUCCUCAACAGCGGAUCGAGAAGUGGGUCCGAGGAGGACCAGAAAUCGGACGGCCACUUCUGGUCCUGGCCGUCGUCCUCGUCGUCGACGACCACGUCAUCAUCGUCAUCGUGGCUCCGGCGGAGUGGUAGCCGGUCGGCAGGAUCGGGCAAGGAACAGUCCCGGUGUCCUGCUCAGCAGGCCGAUCCUUUUGUAAUACCUAGCGGAUAUACAUGGAGUAGAAUCGAUGAUAAAUCGCCUAAGAUGAAGAAAUCCAAGUCAGUCAGAAAAUCUAAGUCGUAGUAGGUCUAAUGGAUUUCUUUUUCUUUUUCUUUUUUUUUUAAAAUUUUUUGUUUUGGCUUAAAAGGAAAAGGAAACGAGAUGGGCAGGCAAGAAAAAUGAAGAAAGUGGAGCCUUUGUACUCUUUUUAAAGCUGGAAAAAGGAGGAGAAAGAAAGCAAAACACAGAGCCAAAAUCAUAAAUGCAACGGUGGUUCAAACUUGCCCUUUCUUGAUCCAAAAUCACAAAAGCGUAUGAUGCGUUCGUUUCUCAUCACCGUUCCGAGCUAAAAUAGUUCCGAUUUGUCGAUAAGUUAUUGCUUCGCACAUGAAAUUUCCGCCUUUGC